AUGGAACAUCCCACCUCCAAGCUUUUUUCCUUGAAAAUUCGGGUUACUAUGUUUGGAGUAAGUAAGUUCCAGCCUCGAGGUGGUGCAGAUAGUCGAACCUUUGAGUACAAGUUUAAGAUAAGAUGCAACUCAUGCAACACUGUCAGUGAGGAUACCAUUGCUGUGUCUUUGGGGGAAAAAAAAGUUUGCAAAUGCAAAAACCGGACUUGUUGUGCUCAAGGUAAUAUUACAUUGGAACCUGGACAUGGAAGGGAAGUUUCUGAAAAUGAUAAUAUGAAGUUUGUGCCGUUGAUGCGCUUCCGUUGCAUGGGUUUUUAUCCCCAGGAAUUUGAGUUUGGGGAUGAUUGGGCUGCAACAUUGAAAGAUCGUGAAGAUGAAAUGAACUUCCAAGAGAAUCUCUGGCAUUUUGAGAAUGGGUCAGUUCUAUUGAAGCACAAUGGAGAUGCAGCAUCCGUGUAUAAUUUGGACAGUGUCUUUGAGUGCAUUGAGAAGAGAAUUAGUAUGAUCUAG